UGGUGGGGUCGGACGGGUGGGCGCGGCCACAGCACCAUCUUCCACUGCAAGCUGGUCGGUCUUGCUCCCUGGCCAAAUGGCGCCGCGGCCACUGGGUCCCUUGGUGCUGGCUCUGGGUGGCGCCGCAGCCGUGCUGGGCUCGGUGCUCUUUAUCCUUUGGAAAGCUUACUUUGGCCGCGGCCGGGAGCGGCGCUGGGACCGGGGCGAGGCCUGGUGGGGCGCGGACACUACCCGCCUCCCUGAGUGGAACGAGUGGGAGACCGAGAACGAGGAAGAUGAGCCGGCAUUGGAGGAAAUGGAGCAGCGCGAAGUGCUGGUGUUGGGCUUGGAUGGCUCAGGGAAAAGCACGUUCCUGCGCAUGCUGGCCGGGAAGCCACCGGUGGAAGGCCACGUCCCCACCUGGGGCUUCAACUCUGUUCGGCUGCCUACCAAGAAUUUCGAGGUGGACCUGUUAGAGAUUGGUGGCAGCCAGAACCUGCGCUUCUACUGGAAGGAGUUUGUGAAUGAGGUGGACGUGCUGGUGUUCAUGCUGGAUUCAACUGAUCGCCUAAGGCUGCCCUGGGCUCGGCAGGAGCUGCAGAAACUGCUGGACAAGGACCCUGAUCUGCCUGUUGUGAUAGUGGCCAACAAGCAGGACCUGAGCGGGGCCAUGAGUAUGGUGGAGCUGCAGCAGGAGCUGGGCCUACUCUCUAGUGACAACCAGAGGGAGGUUUUUCUCUUGGCAGCCAGCAUUGCCCCUGCAGGAUCCGGCUUCGAGGAACCCGGCACUGUGCGCAUCUGGAAAUUGCUCUUGGAGCUUCUCUCCUAAGCUGGACCCACCUGCCUGCUGCCCAGCCUUGGAGACCACAGUUCUGCCUUCUCCUGCAUCUUUGUUGCUAGCUUAGGCUUUGGGCAGAAGCAUCAUAGCAAUGCUUCCUCUCUCCCUCAAGAGCAAGGCCAAAUCCAUGCAGAAGCCUUCCUGGUGAGGUGGACAUGGGGCUGAGGCAGGAAGGACAGUGACUGCCUCAGAGGCCAUAGUGUAACUAGCUCCGGCUUCCCUUGCCUUCCUGCAGACGCUCAGUGCUCCUUUCCUGCAAGCCCCACCAGUUGAAGAAGCAGUGUGGAGGUACUCCUGAGCCUUUGUCUCCCAUCUCACUAUUCACUCCUGGUGACAUCAUACAUUUUCCAUGGGGGAAGGUUCUGGGUAGAGCACAGCAUUCCUUGCUCCUAGCCCUCCAUUAUCCUCCAGCCCCUGCUCUCUCUGUGGCCUUGUGUUUCUGCCUUUCUAGCCCCCAGGCCAAUAAUGGAGGUGAUUUCCAUGGUUUUUUUCUAAAUGCCAUCCUGGCAAUGCCAAACCUGAAAACCUUAGCAGAGAAUCUUCUGAACAUUUCCCUGCUGUUAAGGCCUGGCCUUGCCAGCCUUUCUUGACCACAAAGUGCAGUUCACAUGGUAAAGGGUGGUUUUGCCCAGGUCUGAAGACAACCCGCUGCUUUUGUACUAACUGUGCCAACGCCCAUGUUUACAUAAGUCUAGAUAAGGAGCCUGAGUCUGGGAACAAGACUGGAGCUGGGGUGGGGGUGGCAGCCUCAGAAUGGUAUCUUAUUUAUUUAUUUAUGUAUUUAUCAAAGGAAUGGGCCAAAGUUCUAGAUUCUGUUUCUAGGUGCGGUAAUGGAAACCCUAGAAGAUUGUCAUAGAAAAUUUGAAGCUUUGAGAACUGUCUGGAAUCAUGAUCAAGACUAGGUAACCCUAUGGGUGUCAACGGAGACACAAACUGUAGCUUUCCCCUCCCCCAAACUGGCCUUGAGACCAUGACUGGAAGCAAGUACCUCAAGGAGACCUAGUACUCAUGGCCCAGGACUGGACAGGACUAGAAGAGCCAUCAGAAUGACUCCUUCUGUGCCCAUGGCAGGCACAUCACCAAGCCUUCUGGGAACAUUUAUUCGCCAGCCAAAAAACAGACUGAAAUUCUGUAUUCCCUGAAGUGAACAUUCCAAGACUGGUGAUCAGCUAAUGCAAAGCUGGUCUCCAUGGUGACAGGUGCAGGCAAACGAGCCUUUGGUCGGUGGAGAUACUGAAUGAGAACAGCACCUAUGGACUGUUGUUUUGAGACUGUCACUCUGUAGCUCAGGCUGGCCUUGACUUCAUGGCACUUGUCCUUCCUCAGCUUCCCAUGUGCUGGGAUUACAGAAAGCACUGUGCCAUCAUGCCUGGCUUUCAGUUUGCUUUUUGAGAAUACACUGUGUGCUGUGUUUGCCAAUUGCCCAACUGCCCAGGGAGUGGAAAGCCUCUGAGUUGAAGUAAGCACAAUCAGAAGGGGCAUGCUAUGCCUUUGGACUCCAGCCCAUGAGAAUGGAAUUACUACAGGAUAAAUCACUCUCAUUAGAAGUGAUUUUUCUGCUUUUGUAUUAAAUAUUUAAGGAAGGACUAGGAUUUUAGAGUAUUUGAAAUUUUCUUGGACACCGUAUGUCUAUUCUGAGGGUUCCACCUCAUUCUCCAGUGCUAAAGCUUAACUCACGACAGGACUUGUUGAGAGGAUUCCUUUUUCCUAACUGAAAGACCUUUGUCUAAUGAGUUUCAUCAUGUACAAUUGUCAUACUGUCCCAAGGUGUGUGUGUUGGGGGGGGGGAUUUAAGAAUAAAGAAUUUCACUGUG